GGUCAACUGAAAAAAAGUGGAACGGGUGUUCUGUUCAAUUCAAUGUUGAAGCUCAAUUAAGCAAGUCGCAGCAACAUCUUGAUUCACUCUCAAGCUGCCAUUGCAUUACAACAAUACCGACAAUGCGAUUUUACAGCUCUUUCGUAGCACCCCUUAUGCUACUGGCUGCCGGCGCGGCUCAGGCAGCUUCGUCGUGGAGUUUUGACGAUGCUAAGCUCACUGUCAAUUCCAAGAAAGCUGGCGCUGGUACUAAGGAGAAGUUCAUUCGACAUUUUGACGACAAGUCCGAGCUCCCCAAGUCGCCCAUCACCCUCGAUAGUUCCGAUAGCCUCAAGCUCGUGCUGACAGCGAAGGAGAACGGCAAGGGCAAGCGACCACACCAGGCAUUCCUAGUUCUACGAGAACUCGCUUCCGGUCUCGAGGCUCCAUUCCCCUUGACGGUGAAGGACAAUGGGAAGGCUGUUGUUGAGAUUAAACAUAGCGACCUACCCGUCCAACUCGCCAUUGAGACCGCGCCCCUCGAGGCCUCUCUGAUAAUCGCCUCAUUCGGCUCUUCCAAGGGUUUAUCCACGAUUGUAUUCGACGUACAGCUCACGCGUGAUCCGGCCGCCGCACCCAUCGUCUACGAGAAGCCCCUCCGCUACGGAAAGCUACCUGAGAUCCACCACAUCUUCCGUUCCGACCCCACGAGCCCCCCCAAGAUCGUGUCCCUCGUCUUCGUCUUGGCCGUACUGGCUACUGUCCCAGCUCUGUUCAUUGCCUGGAUCGUUCUUGGUGCCAACGUAUCACACCUCCCCAAGGCUCUGGGUACUGCUCCUCUCGCCCACGCUGCCUUCUUCGGCUCUAUCGUCGCCAUGGAAGGUGUUUUCUUCCUAUACUACUCUUCCUGGAACCUAUUCCAGACCCUACCCGCCGUCGGCGUUGUUUCCGUCGUCGCUUUCUUGAGCGGUGCUAAGGCCCUUGGUGAGGUCCAAAGCCGUCGACUGGCCGGAGAACGAUAAGCGGAAGAGGUGGAAGUAGCGAUUACAUGCCUUAUUCCAUCAAUUAAUGGAGAUUGGUUGUUAUGCCUAACUAAAGGCCAAGGAAGGACGCCAGUUGUGUCUACAUGAGACUAUUUGCUAAUCUAGACGUAUCAUUUGGUCCCUUCAUGAUCUCGGCAUCUGGAAUGGCUAGGAAGAAAGUAAAUAGGGAGGUAGAUAAAAUGAGAGAUGAUGAAAAGAAAUGUACAACAUGAGAUUUAAGCACAUAAUUCCUUCCGGACUUGCUUCCCCAUGGCCGGGUGCUUUUUCCGUCUCUGUGACUAGCUGUGAUUAUGCGUAUACGCAAGUUACUAAUUUUGAUACCUCAUUUUACCUUGCUUCAGGAAUUUAAUUGAAUCUGAUGAGGUAUAUCAAUG